CUAAAAGACUGUACCUCUGCUCAGAGUGUGGCAAGAGGUUCACCACAGCGCCUUUACUAAAGUCUCACAUGAAGUCUCACAGUGGGGAGAUACACCACCAGUGCUCCGUCUGUGGGAAGUGUUUCCUGCUGUUCCAGGACCUCAAGAGACACCAGGAGAUCCACAAAGGGGGCAACAACUCUGACGCAGACAGUCCAGGGGAAGCAGAUCCGGAGAGACCGUUCCCCUGCUCUGUGUGUGGUAAGAGGUUCACCGCAGCCUUCAGGCUUAAGGCACACAUGAAGAUCCACAGCGGAGAGAAACCCCACCAGUGCUCCGUCUGUGGCAAGGCCUUCCUUCGACCCUACGACCUUAAAAGACAUCUGGUGACCCAUAAAGGAGAGGGCACCAGCUCUGACCCUGACAGUCCAGGGGAUCCUGACCAGGAGUUGAAGCCAUAUUUCUGCUCCCAGUGCGGUAAGAGGUUCACUGCAGCCAGCAGCCUGAAGACACACACAAUGACGCACAGUGGAAAGAAAACCCCACCAGUGCUCCGUCUGUGGGAAGUGUUUCCUGCGAUACCAGGACCUGAAGAGACACCAGGUGAUCCACAAAGGAGAGGGCGCCAGCACAGAAAAACCCCACCAGUGCUCUGUCUGCGAGGAGAGUUUCUUGAAGCUCGACGACUUGAACAUUCACGUGACGAUCCACACAGGAGAGAAGACCAAGCACAUCUGCCAACCAUGUGGAAGACCUUCACUCUGCUGCAGGACCUAAAGACUCACCAGCGCACCCAUACGGGAGAGAAACCGUACCACUGCUCCAAGUGCCCAGAGAGCUUUGGCAACCUGUUGGAGUACAGGGAGCACAAGCAGACGCACAAUAACAAGAAACCGUACCUUUGUGACCACGCGGCCAGACGUUCACCCACUUCUACACCCUCAAGACCCACCGGUCAAUCCACACAGGGGAGAACCUCCUCCACUGCUCCUACUGUGGGAGGGGCUUCACUCAGAAAACCUCCUGGCGACCCACAUACUGAUCCACACCAAGGAAAAACCGCACCAGUGCUCUGUGUGCGGCCAACGUUUUGCCAGAAGCGAAAGCCUGAAGAAACACAAGAGGAUACACAUGGCAGAGGUCCGCCAUCACAUGUGCGAAAAGGGAAGAGUUUCCCUGACAUGAAGAGGUUGGAGGUGCACGCGAGAAUGCACUACAAGAGCCUGGAAAAGAAGUACUGCUGCUCAUACUGCGGGAGAAUGUUCCUACGGGACGGGGAUCUAAAGAGUCACCAGAGAACACACACCGGAGAGAAACCCUUUGUCUGCGCCAUAUGCGGGAAAAGUUUCGCCCAAUCUGGGAACUUGAGAGUGCAUCAGAUCAAGCACACUAAAGAGAGACCGUACCUUGUACUGUCUGUGAUAAGGGGUUCACCACCUCUGGGAGUCUGA